GAGGAGACUAAGUUGUGGCAGUGGAGCGUGUUUAGAUCUCUGUUGGCAAUUAUCCAAUGGUGGGGUUUCAAUGUCACUGUAAUUAUCAUGAAUAAGUGGAUCUUCCAGGUUCUGCUGGAGUUGUAUUCAUUUCUUUACAUUCUUUCUGUAACAGACAAUCCAUACAACUUAUAAAAAAAAAACAGACAAUCCAUACAGAUAAGUCAUAGAUUUUGGCUGCAACAAUGCAUUGUAUACAUUUGUGUUUCAGGAGCAGUUGAUUAUUAUCAUUUUUCUGAUAUCUGAUAACUUGAUAGGUUGAAUUGCUUAGCCUUAGACUAUGCAUGUUUUCUUUUAAAGAUGAGAUGAAAUAUAAUCAUGAGAAGCCCCUGUUUUCAUUUAAUUAAGCUUAACACGCAGCUUGGAAACCUUGAAAAUCCCAAUUUUGGAAAGAUUUCUGGACCACUUGUUGGUUCCCACCAUACUAGUAGAACUUGAUAAUAAUAUUAAACUAUUGUUGUGUAUACAUGAAUAGAUUGGUGGUUACUAGGUGUUUUUUUUGUAUUCUUCCUGUGUACUUGAGUUAUGCCUUCUUUUAUCAAAAAAGUUUUACUUUUACAUAUAAAAAAUAUUAAUCUAUUGUUGUUGGACAUACUGGCAAAAUGUAAUGUAGUUUCAAAUCAUAUCAUUGGCUCCUUUGAGAGUCUUCGUCUAAUUUAUUAUUUUUCUUUCCAAGGUAUCUACGUCAAAAGAGAAUUUGGGCCAAAAUAGGUUUUGAUAGGGGAGAAUCUUAUAUGUCAAAACUGUUUGAGUUGUGUGUGUGUGUGAAUACGGGCUUUGUUACAUAAACGUUCAGGCAUGAUGUUUGUCACUGGGCAUUCUUUACUUAUAUCCAAAGAGAUUCAGAUUUACGUUCAAAUUCAGGUUGGUGUGUUUAGUAAUUUUAGUUAUAUGGAAAGGCGGGAUGGUUAUUUGCUCUUUGAACACAUUUGAUGGGUUGGAGUGAUUACUGAAUAGUUUCUUGAUCUAGACUAGAAUGCUAUUUGCGACUCCUUUUCUUUAUUACUUAAUAGAAAUUCUGAAAUGAGUUCAAACCAUGGGAGUUUUUGAAAUUUGUGUGGAGAGAAGUAGAAUUGUUGUGGAUGAAUGUUGAAACAAGACAUGUACCGCAACAAACCAAGAAAGAAUGUUUUCUGCAAGUUAUCUUGAGGCUUUCAAAUGAGGGAUUUCCUCUCUUAAAAGAACUUGGUGGACAUGCCAGAAAGCGACGUACGUACCAGGCCCCUGAGACCUGAGAUCUUCAAUUGCUCAACUAAUGUGCAUACCUUCCACAUGUAUAGGUUUAUCAAUUAUGUCAAUAUUUCUACUUUAUGAAUAUUACAUGUUUGGAAAACUAUUUUGGUGAAUUUCUGAUAAUUACAAUUAAAGGAACUUAUAUUGCUUGCACUGGUGUCACCAUUAUAUUUGGUUAUUACAAUUUAUGCCAUUUUAAAAUUUAAUCAUUGUCUCUGCACUCAUUUAUUAUCAACUUUUGAUCUGAGUCAUUACUCCCAACAAUAGUUGGAAAAACAGUGUGACCUUGACAUGUUUGUGGCUUUGCAUGGUGACCCAUAGCUGAUGUGAAAAUAAACUAAUUUCUUCUUCCAGAAACUGGAUUUUAAGUUUCCUCUAUCAGUAUCAUGUGUUCAUUUCAUUUGCUCGGCCAUUGGAGCGUACCUCAUGAUUAAGGUGCUGAAGCUUAAACCACUAAUAGCAGUUGAUCCUGAAGAUCGCUGGAGGAGAAUAUUUCCCAUGUCAUUUGUGUUCUGUAUAAACAUUGUUUUGGGGAAUGUGAGCCUACGUUACAUCCCAGUUUCGUUUAUGCAAACAAUUAAAUCGUUCACUCCAGCUACUACAGUUUUUUUGCAGUGGCUUGUUUGGAGAAAGUACUUCGACUUGCGAAUAUGGUUUUCUCUGGUACCCAUUGUUGGAGGAAUUCUUCUUACAUCUGUUACGGAGCUUAGUUUUAAUAUGUUUGGAUUCUGUGCUGCCUUAUUUGGCUGUCUCGCUACUUCCACAAAAACUAUCCUUGCAGAGUCUCUGUUGCAUGGAUACAAAUUUGACAGCAUAAACACGGUGUACUACAUGGCACCUUUUGCAACCAUGAUCUUGGCAAUACCUGCAAUGCUACUCGAAGGUAAUGGGGUAUUGGAAUGGCUUCACACCCACCAGUCUGUUUGUUCAUCCCUCAUAAUUAUCUUCAGCUCGGGGGUGAUGGCUUUCUGUCUUAACUUCUCCAUCUUUUACGUGAUUCACUCCACAACUGCUGUCACAUUUAACGUUGCUGGAAACCUGAAGGUUGCAGUUGCUGUUCUCGUAUCAUGGCUGAUAUUCCGAAACCCGAUUUCAGGUUUGAAUGCCGUUGGAUGUGCAAUAACACUUGUUGGAUGUACAUUCUACGGAUAUGUGCGACACAUGCUCUCACAACAGCCACCGGGAACCCCUCAAACACCCCGGACUCCACGGAAUCUGAUCGAGCUGCUUCCACUUGUAAAUGAUAAAAUAGAUGAUAAAGUCUGAUGCUGAGGUGAAGUUAUUUGAAUGUGAGGUUAUUUGCAGAGGAUAUAAUAGGGGGACUAAAAAAGGUACAAAAAAGAAAAAAGAGAGACUUCACACUUUGUUGCGUAAACAUGCAUUAGUUCACUUGAAAUUUUUUAACUUAAAUGCUUUUUUUUCCGGUCACUGAACUACAAAAUUUCUUCAGUUUCUCAUUGGUCCUGGUUUUGGCCUGAAUUCUUCA